AUGGCCUCCGAUCUGAAUACCCCUCCCCCGGCCAACCAAGCGAACGGCUCGAAUGGCGACAGCGUGAGAACCACGAAUCCGUACGAAACAGCCGCAGAGUUAAUACCGAAGGAUGAUCCAUUUCUCCAGCAAAACCCCCAGUACGGCCGGUACGCUCCUCAUGACGCUGAUUUCAAGCCCCGCCACCACCGAUGGUGGCAGGCCGAUGCCGACGCAUUUGCAUAUUGGGAGGGAGUGGUCAAAUCGUCCUGCACUCCGGAAAACUCUUUGAAUGUGUCUGGGCCGAGGGAGGCGUAUGCGACAGGAAGUAUCAUCAUCCGUGUUGACCAUGACGGGGAUAUGAGCGAUGUCGGGGACAAAUAUUCCUACGUCAAUGCGAACGAACUCAGUGCAGCGCGGAAGGCGGAAGAGCCGCUGAAAGAACUUGGUAUCGCCGUGCCACUCAUCUAUUUUUGCGGGACAAUCGACGGAAAGAAUGUCACGGUGGAGUCUAGAAUCCCCGGUGUUUCGCUCGAGGUGGCAUGGCGAUACCUUACUGCUGAUCAAAUCGCAUCAUUCAAAGAGCAAUGUCGUCGAGUUUUGAAAUGCCUUGCGGGAAUCGAUCCUGCUCCCGAUCAGCCUUCUUACGUUUGCAGCGGAUUGAACCCUCAAUCCCCCCCAGGUGUCGAAACUGCGGAAAGAGAUAUCUUGUUUGCAGAGAAGGAUGACGAGAAUCUUUGUCUGGUGCACAAUAAUAUGACCGUAUCGAAUAUAAUUGUGGACGAUGACAAGCUUGUUGGUAUCUCGGGCUGGCGUCACAGCGGAUAUUUCGGUUUCGAGAGAGCAAACAAGAUCCAUCGACAAUUUCGGACGCAGGCAAGCACUUUUGCGAAUGGUGCUUCGGAAGGUAUGCAGUGCUGGGCGGAUCUCUAUGAGGGCCUUCCUAAAGCGGAUGGAGAUCAGAGCAUCUCGGCCAAAGACGCUAUCGCGCCCCAAGUCAAGACUGAACCCGCGAGCAUGAACCUGGACAAAGUGCCCCUCACCGAAGAAACAGAGUCCAAGUCUUUUGCUCAGCUGGAUGGCACAGAAGACCAUCCCACACAGAAGAACAUCGCCAAUCUUAAACACGGAGGAGCGUCGAGGGCCUCGUCUUCUGAUCGAUCAUCGCCAGCGCCGUCUACAAAACUUGGCUCGAUGGGACGAAAAUCGACUCCAGGAGGCACUAAGAAAGCCCCAGCAAAGAAGGCGGCUCCCAAGAAACGCAAGAUUAACGAUGAGGACAACGACAGUGUCGACGGUGGUCGCUCUAACACCCCCUCCUCACUACGUGCCAGCAAAGCACCCAGCGCAAAGAAACAGGGCUCAGCGUCUAUAGCGAGCUCACCGGCUCCUGAGAGCAAAAAGAAGGUGGGCAAGAAGGGCAACAAGAAAGCCUCUACGAAAGAAGAAUCGGAGGAGGACGAUGAUAACGAAGUGUUCUGCAUCUGUCGAAAACCCGACAACCACACGUGGAUGAUCGGUUGCGACGGUGAAUGUGAGGAUUGGUUCCAUGGGAAGUGCGUCAACAUAGACCCUCGGGACGCCGAUUUGAUCGAGAAGUACAUAUGUAAAGGGCAAACUACAUGGAAGCCAAUAUGUCGUGUCGAAGGGUGUCGCAAGCCCGCUCGCUUCACCAAGAAACCCCCUAGCAAAUACUGCUCGGAUGAGCAUGGCCGGGAGUUCAUGCGGUCAAGAACCCGGCGCCUCAAGAAGGGCCAGGCAGAUGAUCUUGGCAGUCGGGGUGGCGUUCUCACGGCUGGCGAGCUCAAGGCGGUUGUCAUGGGCGUCUCAUCCGCACAAGAGUUUCGCAAACUGGGAGAACGCAUCAUAUCCCCACCGCCCGAGGAAGAAAAUCCAGAAACAGGCGAAAAGGCGCAAAAGAAACUCGGCUUGGAUGCGGACAUCGAUGGAUUGGUUUACUCCCCUGAUGAAGCAUCAAAGAUUCAGGAUCUGCGCACACGCCGUGACGACCUUCUCCAUCGCAAAGAGAUGCUGGCUGCUCGUGACCACUUCCUGAACCUUGUGCGCCAGCGGUCGAAGGCUGUGUUAGAGAAAUUGAAACAGUCCGACCCCAAAGGAGGGUGGAAAGAUAUCUGCGGGUUUGACUCGCGCCUGGCAUGGUCCGAUGAGGAAUUCGACGAAUGGCGGCUGUCCGAGAUUGGAAAGAACGCACUGCAAACCGGCACCCCCGAGGCACUGGCAUCGAGCCAUCCGGAUGCCACUGAUGCAGACGGCGACACUAUCAUGGAUGAGUCCAAGGCUGACGAGGACGAUCUUGCCAGUGUUACGCGAGGAGUUUGCACAAAGAAACGCUGUGAGCGACACAAACAGUGGGUCAAGGUGCAACAACAAGAACUUCUGUUCGAGCAGGACACGCUCAAAGAGGAUCUUGUCCAGUGCGAGAAAGAGGCGCAGAACGUCGUGGAAAGGGCUGUCCUUCGCAUGUGGGCUGAGAAAGAUAACGCCCAGAUCGGAAACUCGUGA